CUCUUGCACCCUGUGCUCCACUGCGAGUUGCCCAUGUGCGGUUUUUAAUAAGGUGGAUGCAAGAGUUGGUCUUGCUCUCUUCUGGGUGACGCGGAUCGGAAGGGGUUCUCCAUACUUUUACCAAAGUAUUUAGUUAUUUCUUUCUCUUUUACUUUCUGAAACUGUAAAACAUCUGCAUUAUCUUAGAGAGGAGCCAUGAAGUGGACCUGGGUGCUUGUGACAGUCUUGCUGUCCUUCGGGGUGCUAUCACUGGGAAAGGAGAGCUUGGACUUCCCAGAGUAUGAUGGCAAGGACCGCGUCCACGACCUCAACGCCAAGAACUAUAAGUCUAUGAUGAAGAAGUACGAUGUCAUGGUGGUGUACUACCAUGACCAUCCCGGAUCCAGCCGCGUCGCCCAGAGACAGUUUGACAUUGAAGAGUUGACACUCGAGCUUGCAGCCCAGGUACUGGAUGAGUUUGAUGAUGAGGAUAUCGGAGUCGGCCUCAUUGAUGCAAAGCACGACAAAGUCGUCGCAAAGAAAUUAGGCCUCGAUGAGUCCGACAGCAUCUACAUCUUCACUGACGAUGAAGUCAUAGAAUAUGAUGGCGAAUUAGCAGCAGACACUCUUGUGGAGUUCAUCUUUGAUGUUCUUGAGGACCCAGUGGAAAUUAUUGACAAUAGUAGGGAACUGAAAGGCUUUGAAAAUAUUGAAGAGGACAUCAAACUGGUGGGCUACUUUAAGAGUCACAAGUCAGAACAUUUUGAGGCUUUUGCCGAUGCUGCUGAAGAGUUCCACCCUCACAUCAAGUUCUUUGCCACAUUCAGUUCUAAGGUUGCCAAGGCUCUGGAGAUGAAGCUCAAUGAGGUGGACUUCUAUGAGCCCUUCAUUGAUGAUCCAGUGGUCAUCCCAGGAAAGCCUUACUCUGAGGAGGAGCUGGUCGACUUCAUUGAGGAUAAUGAUAGACCAACCAUGAGGAAGCUGCAGCCACACAACAUGUACGAGAUCUGGGAUGACGAUGUUAAUGGUGAACAUAUCAUUGCUUUUGCAGAGGAGUCUGACCCAGACGGUUUUGAGUUCCUUGAGAUCCUGAAGGAAGUUGCAGAGGAUAACACAAACAACCCUGACCUCAGCAUUGUCUGGAUUGACCCUGAUGACUUCCCCCUGCUUCUGCCACACUGGGAGAAAGUUUUUGGAAUUGACCUGUCCUCCCCACAGAUUGGUGUUGUCGAUGCUGAUGAUGCUGACAGUGUCUGGAUGGACAUGGAUAAUGGCGAGGACCUGCCAACUGUAGACGAGCUGGAGGACUGGAUUGAGGAUGCUCUGUCAGGCGAAGUCGAUCCUGAUCAUGAUGACGAUGAUGACGAUGAUGACGACGAUGACGAUGAUGAUGAUGAUGAUGACGAUGACGAUGAUGAUGACGAUGAUGAUGAUGAUGACGAUGAUGAUGACGAUGAUGAUGAUGAUGACGACGAUGACGAUGAUGACGAUGAUGACGACGACGACGAUGAUGACGACGAUGAUGAUGACGAUGAUGAUGAUGACGACGAUGAUGAUGAUGAUGACGAUGAUGACGACGAUGACGAUGAUGACGAUGAUGAUGAUGAUGAUUAUUAAAUCAUUAAGUCAUAAGUCUGACCAAUGCAGUUUCAAGAACAUCAUUAACUCAAAUCAUCUUCUUUUGUAAUUAGUUCUCGUGUUGAACUCGUCAGUCCAUUUUGAUAUCUCAUCCUUUCGCCGCCCUCUAUCUGCAUCUCACCAGAACAAUAUUCCAUAACUCCUUUAUCUCUCUCCCAUACAUAUUCACUAAUCCUUCAUGUAACAAAGUACUUUCUAAGAUAAGAUCCCACAGUACCUUCAUUCACACAUGUAACACUGUCCGGUACAAUAAAAACUAAAAUAUUUCAAAACCUUGCUAUCUAUUGCUAUUGAUUUUUGUAUCAAAAAGGUUUUUAUUUUAUAAGUACAGGAGGGGUUGCAAUGUUGUAUACAUUAUGUCUGAGUCCAUUUGUGGAGUCUGUCGCAGUCUGAAUGUGUUUAUUCUGUUAUUUUCUUGUUUGCCCCAGUAUCGAAACAACAAAAGUCAGACCCAAGGGUGCUAGCAGGCUUUUCUGAUGGGUCCUAAGUAUCACCAGCCUACUCUGUGAAAUCAAUGUAACUCCUCUAUACACUGAAAGUGCUGUACAUCAUAUGGAUGUUUUCUACGAUGAUGAAAUAUGACAACAGCCAUAUUCUAUUUUUGUACCAAGAGGAAUUUAACUUACUGUAAAGUCUUAAAUAAAUGACAGCUUGGACAGAAAACCCA